UACAACGGAGAUUCUUCUCAAGGGCUCCCUCAAGGCAUCGGGCUGGCUACCUGGCCCAACGGGAAUCAGUUCAUCGGCUCCUGGAGCGCCGGCUUCAUGCAUGGCGUCGGGAUCUUCGUGUGGAGCAACGGCGACACAUACCGGGGGGACUGGACAGGAGGAGUUCGCAGCGGCUUCGGUACCAUGGAGUCCUCCUCUGGCACCAUCUACCAGGGCUGUUGGAAAGAUGAUGUGAAGCACGGGCCCGGGGUCGAGGUGGACUCGUCGGGGAGGAAACGCUACGGGAUUUGGCUCGACGGCUUCCAGCAUGCAAGGGGGGUUCAUGUGCAGUCAGACGGCAAGAAA